CAGGCUCCAACAUCUUCCUUUUGCCAAGAUGCUACAGCUAAAACUCUUUGCAGUGCUCCUGACUUGCCUGCUGCUGCUGGGCCAGGCCAAUAGCUCCCCAGUGCCAGAAGUGAGCUCAGCAAAGAGAUCUCGGAGAAUGACCCCAUUUUGGAGAGGGGUUUCCCUCAGGCCCAUUGGUGCCUCAUGCCGGGAUGAUUCGGAGUGUGUCACAAGACUAUGCAGAAAAAGACGCUGUUCCCUGAGUGUGGCCCAGGAGUGA